AUGAUCAAGAAAAGGCCUUUGAACCUUAAGCUUGUUCUUUCUAUCUUUUUCUUUUUUCUUUGUUCAUGGAUUUCCUUGGCCUUUGCACAAAACAAAACCAUUCCAGUGAAUGUUGGGCUUGUUCUUGAUGACCUUGAUUCAGGGGAUGGGAAGAUUUGGUUGAGCUGCAUCAAAAUGGCCCUCUCAGAUUUCUAUGCUUCUCAUGCAAACUACAAAACUAGGCUGGUCUUGAAUACGAGGGACUCCAAAAAAAGUGUUGUAGAUGCAGCUGCCGCAGGUGUAGAUCUAAUAGAGAAAGUGAAAGUGAAAGCAAUCCUAGGACCAGGGACUUCUAUGCAAGCAGGCUUUCUUAUUAACCUUGGAGACCAAGUUCAUGUGCCCAUUAUAUCAUUUUCUGCAACAAGCCCUUCUCUUAAUUCAGUCCAUAGCUCCUACUUUUUUCAAUUUGCACAAAAUGACUCAUCCCAAGUGAAAGCCAUAAGUUCUAUUGUAAAAGCUUUUGGAUGGAGACAAGUUGUGCCUGUCUACGUCGACAAUGAGUUUGGGGAGGGUGUCAUACCAUUUUUAACUGAUGCCUUGCAAGAGGUUGAUGCCCGUGUCCCCUAUCGGAGUGCCAUUUCCCUGUCAGCCACUGACGGCCAAAUUCUUGAAGAGCUUUACAAGUUAAUGACAAUGCAAACUAGAGUCUUCAUUGUCCACAUGAGGACGGAUCUAUCCUCUAGGUUAUUUGCAAAGGCCAGAGAGAUUGGAAUGAUGACCGAAGGCUACGUUUGGCUCACUACUAAUGGGAUACCUAAUGAAUUAAGGUCUCUAAAUUCUUCAGUCAUCAGUUCCAUGCAAGGUGUGUUGGGUAUACAAACUUAUGUUCCACAAACAGUAAAGCUUGAAGAAUUCAUGCCACGGUGGAAACGACAAUUCCAACAAGACAAUCCAACCAUAAUUGGUGCUCAAUUGCAAGUUUUUGGACUUUGGGCUUAUGAUUCUGCUUUUGCACUAGCCAUGGCAGUUGAAGAAGUUGGGACUCCAAGCUUUGAGGUGUCUCAAUACGGUCGAAAACUUUCCCAUGCCUUAUCUAGUAUGAGAUUUAAAGGCAUUGCUGGAGAUUUCAGCCUUGUUGAUGGGCAACUUCAGUCAUCAACUUUUCAGAUAGUUAAUGUCAAUGGUGGUGGAACAAGAGUGGUUCGAUUUUGGACACCAGAAAAUGGACUGAUGAACACAUUGAAUUCAACAAACACAAGCUUUUCUUCAACUUCCAACAAGGGCAAUCUUGCCCCUAUUAUGUGGCCAGGAGAUUCUCUCACUGCUCCAAAGGGAUGGCAGAUCCCAGCAAAUGGCAAGAAGUUGAGAAUAGGAGUUCCUGUCAAGGUUGGUUUUACAGAGUUUGUUAAGAUCACGAAACAUCCAAGCACUAACGCAAUAUACGUCACUGGCUUCACUAUAGACGUCUUUAAGGCUGCAGUGAAAGUUUUGCCAUACCCUCUUCCUUAUGAGUUCAUUCCCUUUGCAAAGCCUGAUGGUACAAGCGCUGGCACUUAUAGUGAUUUGUGCUAUCAAGUAUAUCUUGGGAACUAUGAUGCUGUGGUGGGAGAUACAACAAUUAGAGCAGAUAGGUCCUUGUAUGUAGACUUCACAAUGCCAUACACGGAAUGCGGUGUAGCAAUGGCUGUGCCAAUCAUAGACGUCAGGAGCAAAAAUGCUUGGGUUUUCUUGAAGCCUUUGACAUGGGAGCUAUGGCUGACUACUUCUUGUGUCUUCAUCCUUAUUGGUUUUGUGAUGUGGGUUCUUGAACAUCGGAUUAACGAAGACUUCCGUGGCACUCCCUCACACCAAGUUGGCACCAGCAUCUGGUUCUCCUUCUCAACCAUGGUUUUUGCACAAAGAGAAAGAGUGGUUAGCAACUUGGCUAGAUUUGUGAUGAUUAUAUGGGUAUUUGUUGUUCUAAUAUUGACACAAAGUUACACAGCCAGUCUGACAUCACUGUUAACUGUUCAACAACUUCAGCCAACUGUUACAGAUAUAAAGGAUCUAUUGAGAAAGGGGGAAAACGUCGGCUACUUAACGGAUGCUUAUGUUUACGAUAUCUUGAAACAAGUUGGUUUUGAUGAUACCAAGCUUAAGGGUUUCAAAACAAUGGAAGAAAUUGAUGAAGCUCUUUCAAAAGGAAGUGCAAAUGGUGGUAUUGCUGCUGUUGUUGAUGAAACCCCCAACAUGAAGCUUUUUGUUGCAAAGUUUUGCUCCAAGUAUACUAUGAUAGGGCCUAUCUUUGAAACUGCUGGGUUUGCCUUUGUGUUUCCAAAACGUUCCCCUCUUCUGCCGGAUGUUUCACAGGCGGUGCUAAACGUGACCGAAGGAGAGGCGAUUCUGAACAUUGAAAACAAAUGGUUCAAGAAAGGGGAAAAUUGUGAAGAUAACCCCACCCAAAAACUUUCCAACAACAGUCUUGGCCUUGAUAGUUUUUGGGGGCUAUUCCUCAUUUCUGGGGUGGCUUCAAUACUUUCUCUCAUCAUAUUUGUAGCUUCAUUCCUUUACAGGCACAAGCACAUCUUGAAACACCCACCGGAUUCAAAACCCUUAACAUGGAGUAAGAUUCGAUCCAUGUUCGAAAUUUUCAAUGAAAGAGACUUCAACUCUCGUAUGUUUAAGAGCAGUCAACAGAGAGAUGGUAUUGCUGGUAGUCCAGAUAAUAUUGCAGGUGAUGCUAAUUCACCAAAUAACAACUGGCCAGAGAGUACAUCCAGCUUUAGUUCCAACCACACAGAUGCAAAUUUUGAAUUCUUUGGAGGGCAACAAACACAAUCUCCUGGUCAAGCAUCUCUGGAACUAGUUCCAAGUACUACUGAUCCUGCUAUCAUUAUUGCAGAAAUGCAUACAACUCCUGCAACAGCUCAAGAUAACAAUUAAUAUGUAUAUGUAGAGAAUUAAUAAGGAAAAAAAAAAGAAAAAAAAAAGAGUUUGGCUUGAACUAGCUCUUAAGUUCUUAACCAGUAUCAUGUAUUCAAGCAUUAUCUUCUGUUGU